AAAGCUCUCUGUGGCUUUGGAUUCUUCUGGCAAAUCGUGCCUGCCAGCUUUUCUCGGGCAUUGGCUGCAAAUGUAGGUUACAAAGUAUAAUCUGAUAAAAAAUUAAGGGAAGAAAAAAAGAGGGAGGAAAGACCAUCUGGGUCGGAAAUUCUGAGCUCAGAGUGUGUGACUGAGAGAUUUAGAGAAGAGAUGUCGGAGAGCUGGAGGGGGCUGGUUGUGGUGGUCUUCAGCAUCUGCAUUUUGGGAUGGAGGCCAAGUUCCAUUAAUGCUGCCACAGAUCCAGCUGACGCUGCUGUUCUAAGGGGUAUGUAUAGUAGUUUAAAUUCACCUUCUCAGCUAACCCAGUGGAGUUCAACUGGUGAUGAUCCAUGUGGGCAGUCAUGGAAAGGCGUUACUUGUUCAGACAAUCGAGUAACUGAAAUUAAAUUAUCUGGGCUUGGACUUUCUGGAUCAAUGGGGUACCAGCUCUCAAGUUUGGCAUUGUUAACCAACCUGGACAUGAGCAACAAUAAUCUUGGAGGCGGGAUACCUUAUUCGCUUCCUCCAAAUGUGACGCACCUGAAUCUUGCUUCUAAUAACUUUAAUGGAGGUCUCCCUUAUUCCAUUUCUCUAAUGGUUUCUCUUAAAUACCUAAACGUCAGUCACAAUCAGCUACAGGACCAACUGGUUGACAUGUUUGGGCAACUUUCUUCACUGACCACAAUGGAUGUCUCAUUCAAUUCUCUGUCGGGCAACCUUCCACAGACUUUUAGCUCCCUCUCAAGUAUGAGCUUAAUGUAUUUGCAAAACAACCAGUUUGUAGGCACCAUUAAUGUCCUUGGUAAUCUUCCCCUGCAGACUCUGAAUGUUGAAAACAACCAUUUCAAUGGCUGGAUUCCUGAUCAGUUGAAAAACAUUAAUCUGCUUAAGGAUGGCAACUCAUGGAAUUCAGGGUCUGCACCUCCACCUCCACCUGGUACACCACCAGCCAGCAAAAAUCCUAAUCACAAAUCUGGCAGUAAUAAUAGCCCAUCAGAUGGUGCGGGAGGUGGAAAUAAGUCAGGAAUAGGGGGUGGUGCCAUAGCAGGAAUAGUGAUAUCCAUCUUGGUUGUUGGGGCAAUAGUUGCAUUCUUUUUAAUUAAGAGAAGAUCCAAGAGGUCAUUGUCAGAUAUUGAAAAGCUUGAUAAUCAGCCCUUCGCCCCUCUUGCUUCAAAUGAAGUCCAAGAAAUGAAGUCGAUACAAACUUCAUCCAUAAUCAAGACACAUUCUUUUGAUACUACUGCCUCAAUAAAUCUUAGACCCCCGCCCAUCGAUCGUCACAAAUCAUUUGAUGAGGAUGAUUUUCCAAAGAAGCCAAUUGUUGCCAAGAAAGCUAAUACAGCUCUUAUAAAUGUGACGUCAUAUUCGAUAGCAGACCUGCAGAUGGCUACUGACAGCUUUAGUGUGGAAAAUCUUCUCGGCGAGGGGUCUUUUGGACGCGUUUAUCGAGCUCGAUUUGAGAACAAUGUUCUUGCUGUGAAGAAAAUAGAUUCAUCUGCCUUUCCAGGUGAAUUGUCUGAAGAAUUCACAGAGAUGGUUUCAAACAUCUCACAGUUGCAUCAUCAAAAUGUCACAGAGCUAGUUGGUUAUUGUUCAGAACAUGGGCAGCACCUGCUAGUUUAUGAAUUCCAUAAAAGUGGCUCACUUCAUGACUUCCUGCAUCUAUCUGAUGAUUACAGCAAACCAUUGACAUGGAACUCUCGUGUCAAGAUUUCUUUGGGAACUGCACGAGCAUUGGAGUACCUACAUGAAGGUUGUUCUCCAUCAGUAGUUCACAAAAAUAUCAAGUCAGCCAACAUACUGCUGGAUGCAGAACUUAAUCCUCACCUGUCAGACUCUGGCCUGGCAAGCCAUAUCCCAAAUGCAGAUCAGGUUUUGAACCAGAAUGCAGGGUCUGGAUACAGUGCACCUGAAGUUGCUAUGUCUGGCCAAUAUACUCUUAAGAGUGAUGUCUACUGUUUUGGGGUGGUAAUGUUAGAACUUCUUAGUGGGCGUAAACCAUUUGAUAGCACAAGGCCAAGAUCUGAGCAAUCCUUGGUUAGAUGGGCUACACCUCAGCUCCAUGAUAUUGAUGCUCUUGGAAAAAUGGUUGAUCCAGUGCUUAAAGGGCUCUACCCAGUUAAAUCUCUCUCCCGGUUUGCUGAUGUUGUAGCUCUGUGUGUCCAGCCGGAGCCUGAGUUCCGACCACCUAUGUCAGAAGUGGUUCAAGCACUUGUUCGGUUAGUGCAACGAACAAACAUGAGUAAGAGAACAAUUGGAAGUGAUCAAGGAGCAUCCCUAAGAACUGAAAACUUGGACACGCAAGAGUGAAUCAUGCAUCCAAUGGCUGCAAAAUUGUUGUUUGAUAAAGCAGAUCAGGAAAGUAAAGUUACCUGGUUUGCCUUGUUUAUUUUCCUUUUUCCUUUUUACUCCCUAGAUGGAGCUUAUGUCGCCUGCUGCACCAUUUGAUACCAGAAGUAGAAGCUUGUGCAAUAUGUUUGUUGAUAUUACAUGUUUGACAAUUCUGUCAUUGCUGAAAGUUUUUAAAAGAAUCGAACUGGACGCAGAAAGUAACUUGAAGCAUGAGGAGAUAUUAAAUUCUUUUUUUAUUUAA